AUGCCUUUCGGUGCCGCCUUUGGCUGCUUGCUCGGGGCUGGGAAAACCUCGCCGGCUACUGUCGCUGGUGCAGUGCGAACGAUCCCUCACCGCCAGCUGUACAUCAGCGAGCCAAAUCCAGUCUACUUCGGGAACCGUCCGAACCCACAGCUUGGUGAGCCAGGCUGGACGAAUCGGAACUGGCUGAAAUCUCGGUUCCACUUCAACUUUGCCGAAUACGACGGAGGGUCAGAUAGUUUCGGCGUCCUGCGUGUCAUGAAUGACGACCUCGUGCAGCCCAAGCGGGGCUUCGGAAUGCACCCGCAUCGGGACAUGGAGGUCAUUACCUUUAUAGUCGAUGGCCAGCUGACCCAUCGAGACUCCAUGGGCACAGAGGAGACGCUCGGUCGCGGUGGGGUGCAAUACAUGACCGCUGGCACAGGCAUCCAGCACUCGGAACACAACCUGCAGAACGAAGCCUUGCGCUUCGUGCAGUGCUGGGUGGUACCUCGCAGGCGGGGGCUACGCCCGAAGUACGGCUCCAUGGCCGGCACCAAGGAGAACGAGGCCUUGCGACAGAACCAGUGGGCCCACAUUGUGUGUGACGCCGAGGGAAGCCAGAAGGCACCAGUGCGAAUAUAUCAGGACUGCAACGUGUUUCUCUCCGAACUCAGUCCAGGUGUUAGCCUCCCCAAGAUGGAGUUGCAAGCAGGACGACAAGGUUACUUGUUGUGUGUGGAAGGCAGCGUGCAGCUAGCAGAUGCUGAUGGCAAAGUCCAACGACUCCAACAGCACGACGCUGCAGAGCUUACGGGGCCCUUGUGCCUUCAGCCAAAGGCUGAGAAAGCGGCUAUGUUACUUCUUUUCGAGAUGGAGCAGACGCACAGAGGCUACUAG